UGAACGUCAACUUUGUUGUCACGAAGUCUUGUUUUGCAAAAUUUUGGAAAUGAAAAACAACGGGGAAAGAUGAGGGAAUUUGAACUUCAGAAGUUGACAUCUCGCGGAUCUGUUCCUCUAAUCUGUAUAAAAAUUAUCAGCUCAUCUGGAAAGGAAAGCAAUCUGACAGUUAGCGUUACGGACACCGUUAAUGCAGUUAAGGAUAGAGCACUUGGCGGUGAAUAUUCGAAGGAAUCUCACUUGUAUAAACUGCUCCUUGCUAAAUCAAAUAAGGAAUUAAUCGACGAAAAAACCCUAGACGAAGAAAAUGUCCAAGAAAAUGACGAGUUAAUUCUCUUCAGAAAACGUCACAAUGCGAGUUGUGAUUCCGCCGAAAAAGAAUGUAAAAAUAGCAGUUACCAAGUACCUGAUCUGAAGAGUGUCAAGAAAUUAACUGCUAAGCUUACUGCAGGAAAGGUGAAGGAGCCUUCAGCCAGCUUGUCUCCUCUUACUUUAGAUUUCAAUUCAGAACUUAGAAGAAUACUCAUCUCCCUGAUUGACUCUUCAAUUCUUCUGCAAUCAGUGACUGCAGGAAAAGAUUCUGACAGUUCAGGUCAGCCUGAAGAAGAUGUUCAGCCAGAUGUUGAUGCUACCAUUCUCAAACAGCUCACAGACAUGGGUUUUAAAGAAACCAGAGCUAAGAAGGCUUUGAUUUUGAACAGGUUAGUCAAUCUUUAGUCAUGAAGCAACAAAUCGAUAUUACUGCGAACAAAGUACAAUCAUGUAUGUUCAAUGACUUAAAAUCUUGCCAGAACUCAGUAGCAUGUUA